AUGUUGGGCAUUAUGAGCCAUAGAAUGAAUGGCGCAGCAUUCGGACAACUGUCAUGGGCUGGCUACUUCGGUCAUAUUCAGCUCCGUUGGCAUCUUGCACCUCGCUGUCGCACUCUGAUGAGGGUUCUUGAUUAUGGGUUGGGCAUAUUUUAUCCUUCCUCUUUAUCCAAGCUAAGCCACACUGCGCCCAGCGAUCUUACCACCCCUUGCACGCACAAAUACACGUCGUUGAAAUUUUCAAAACCCUACCCUCAUCGAUUUCAGGCGAAACCUCUCACCGUUCUUUUGGAUGGCUUCAUUGUUACCCAGUCAGGUUGA